AUGAGUGGCUUCAGAGUAUUAGAUUUGGUCAAGCCCUUCACGGCAUUUGUACCAGAAGUGAUUGCACCUCAACGUAAAGGUGCCUUCCAACAAAGAGUUAUGUGGACUGGACUCACAUUGAUGAUCUUUUUGGUGAUGUCGGAAAUUCCUUUGUACGGUAUCAACUCCAGUGACGGUUCUGAUCCACUUUUUUGGUUAAGAAUGAUGUUGGCCUCAAACAGAGGUACUUUGAUGGAGUUGGGUAUUUCACCCAUUGUUUCUGCAUCAAUGGUUUUCCAAUUGUUACAAGGUACCAAGUUGAUUGCUGUUGAUAUGACAAAGAAGGAAGACAGAGAAACUUUCCAAACUGCUCAAAAGUUGUUGGCUUUCUUGUUGGCUGUAGGUCAAGCCACUGUUUAUGUUUUAACUGGUAUGUAUGGCCCUCCAUCUUCAUUGGGGAUUGCUGUUUGUUUGUUGUUGAUUUUGCAAUUGGUUUUUGCCGGUAUCAUUGUGAUUUUGUUGGAUGAAGUCUUACAAAAGGGUUACGGUUUAGGCUCUGCUGUUUCCUUGUUCACAGCCACUAAUGUUUGUGAACAAGUUUUCUGGAAGGCUUUUGCUCCAACUACUGCUACCUCUUCAAAGGGUACUGAAUUUGAUGGUGCUGUGGUUGCCAUGUUCCAUUUGCUAGGUUCAAGAAAGGAUAAGAAGAGAGCAUUAAUUGAAGCCUUUUACAGACCUUACUUACCAAACAUGUUCCAAUUGUUGGCUACCAUUGCCGUUUUCUUCGCUGUGGUUUACUUACAAGGAUUCAGAGUUGAAUUGCCAGUCAGAUCAACUAGACAACGUGGUCCUUAUGGCUUAUAUCCAAUCAGAUUGUUCUACACUUCCAACAUGCCAAUCAUGUUACAAAGUGCCUUGAGUUCUAACAUCUUCCUUGUCUCUCAAAUGCUUUACACAAAGUUCCCCAAUAAUCUUUUUGUCAAAUUAUUGGGUUCUUGGGAACCUAAGCCUGGUCAAGCUCAAUUAUUUGCUGCUUCUGGUUUGGCUUAUUACAUUCAACCACCAAUGUCCUUAACGGAAGCACUUUUUGACCCAAUUAAAACUACCAUUUACAUUGUAUACGUCUUGGGAUCUUGUGCACUUUUCUCCACCACUUGGAUUGAAAUCACUGGUACUUCUCCUCGUGAUGUUGCCAAACAAUUCAAGGAGCAAGGUAUGGUUAUUGCCCAUAAGGAAACCUCUACUUAUAAGGAAUUAAAGAAGAUCAUUCCAACUGCUGCUGCCUUUGGUGGUGCUUGUAUUGGUGCUUUAUCAGUUGUUUCCGACUUGUUGGGAACCUUAGGUUCCGGUACCAGUAUUUUAUUGGCUGUCACAACCAUUUAUGGUUACUAUGAAUUGGCUGUUAAAGAAGGAGGAUUAAAGGGUUCUUCUCUUGUUGCUGGUUUUUCCGAUGGUGGACUUUAA